CCUGUCAAAAAACAUCGCCGGCUGUGUGGAUUGUGUGAAAAUUGUGAUUUUGUUGUGAAAUUGAAAAGGAAAGCUUGUAAAAAACUUAUUCGGCUCUAAAUUCUUCAAUUAUGACCGCUUUUGAAGAGUUCGGGGUCCUGCCCGAACUGGGGAAGGCUAUUGAAGAGAUGGAUUGGACUCUGCCUACAGAUGUUCAAGCUGAAGCUAUUCCCCUCAUUCUUGGAGGUGGAGAUGUGUUAAUGGCAGCCGAAACAGGCAGUGGAAAGACGGGUGCCUUCUGCUUGCCUAUUUUGCAGAUAGUUUGGGAAACAUUGAAAGAUUUACAAGAAGGGAAGACGAGUAAAGUGCUGACGCAAACGUCGUCGGAAUGGACUAUGUCGUUUUUUGAUCGAACAGAUGCUUUGGCAGUGACUCCAGAGGGCACGCGCUGCCAGUCGCGAGACCAGCAGGCCUGGCACGGCUGCCGGGCCACCAAGGGUGUCCACACUAAGGGGAAUUAUUAUUAUGAAGCAACAGUGACUGAUGAAGGCCUGUGCCGUGUUGGGUGGUCUACCCAAGCUGCUAAACUGGACCUUGGCACUGACAGGCUGGGCUAUGGAUUUGGUGGCACAGGCAAAAAGUCUAAUGCCAAGCAGUUUGAUGAUUAUGGUACCGCUUAUGGGAAGAAUGAUGUCAUUGGUUGUCUUCUGAGUUUGACCAAUGGUGAAAUCAGGUAUACCAAGAAUGGAGAAGAUCUUGGUGUGGCUUUCAAACUGGAUCAGUCCAGACGGUCAGAUUGUUAUUUCCCUGCUGUAGUGCUUAAAAAUGCAGAGAUGAGCUUCAACUUUGGUUCUACUCCUUUCAAGUAUCCUAUUCCAAAGGACUAUAUUGCUAUUUGCCAAGCUCCCAAGGAGUGUGUGAAGCAUAACAUCGUAGUGGCAGGCGCAGCUGUGGACAGCAAGCCAGUGAACAAUGCUCCUCAGGCUAUCAUCAUAGAGCCAUCUCGUGAGCUGGCUGAACAGACUUGCACACAGAUAACCAAAUUCAAGAAGUACCUCGAGAACCCGAAAGUGCGGGAAUUGCUCGUGGUGGGCGGAAUCAACGUCAAGGACCAGAUCAACCAGCUCAAUGCUGGGGUGGACAUAGUGGUUGGCACACCAGGCCGUCUUGAGGAUCUCAUUCAAGGAGGAUACCUCGCGCUGACUCACUGCCGUUUCUUCGUGCUCGACGAGGCGGACGGGCUUCUCAAGGCGGGUUAUGGAGAACUGAUCGAGCGCCUCCAUCGUCAGAUCCCAAAGAUCACCUCGGACGGGCGAAGGCUGCAAAUGGUGGUGUGUUCCGCGACGCUCCACGCCUUUGAAGUUAAGAAGAUGGCGGAGAAACUCAUGCACUUCCCAACCUGGGUGGACUUGAAAGGAGAAGACGCCGUGCCCGAGACAGUGCAUCACGUGGUCGUCAUGGUAGACCCACAAAAGGACCGCUUGUGGGAAACCUUGCGCAAACAUGUCCAAACUGACGGUGUUCACGCAAAAGACAACAUCCGUAGCGGCAACACGACACCGGAAACGCUGUCCGAAGCCAUCAAGUUACUCAAGGGAGAGUACUGCGUCCGUGCCAUCAGGGAACAUAAGAUGGACAGGGCCAUCAUCUUCUGCCGUACCAAGCUAGACUGCGACAACCUCGAGCGAUACUUCAAGACAUUCGGCAAGGAGUUUUCCUGCGUGUGUCUCCACGGCGACCGCAAGCCGGCCGAGCGCAAAGGGAACCUGGAGAUGUUCAAACAGUCUCAGGUCAAGUUCCUGAUCUGUACCGAUGUCGCCGCUAGAGGCAUUGACAUCUCUGGACUGCCUUUCAUGAUCAACAUCACUCUCCCUGACGAGAAGUCGAACUACGUGCACCGCAUCGGGCGAGUAGGGCGCGCCGAACGCAUGGGGCUCGCCAUCAGCCUCGUGUCCACUGUUCCUGAGAAGGUGUGGUACCACGGCGAGUGGUGCUCGUCUCGCGGCCGAAACUGCUGGAACACGAAUCUCAUCGACGACCGACCAAAGGGCUGCUGUAUGUGGUAUAACGAACCUCAGUAUUUGGCAGACAUCGAAGACCAUUUGAACAUCACCAUCCAACAAGUGGAGCCUGACAUGAAGGUUCCGUCCAACGAGUUCGACGGCAAAGUCGUGUACGGACAGAAGAGAAAGCAAAUGGGUACAGGAUACCAGGAUCACGUAAGCCAAAUGGCGCCAGUAGUGCGAUCUCUGCAAGAACUAGAGUCGCAGACGCAGCUUUACUAUCUCAAGAUGCACCACAACGUAACUAUUGCAUAAACAGUGGUCAAAUAUAUCUUGUAUCAAUAUUAAGUAAAUAAACGAGUGUAUGCUAAAUUAAUAAGUUUAUUUGUUUCAUUUAACACUUUGGCGCCAGAAAUUUGUCUAUGAAUUAUAAUUAGAGGAUUAAAUAAAACUUACAGAUCAAAGUUCAAUUUUUAUAUUUCACUCAAUCACUACGGAUUAUCUAGGGCAGUGGGUUGCAGCCCGCGUUUCAAAAUAAAUUAUUAAGUCUCAUAACACCCCGCUAUGUAGGAAAAUAGCCGUUAAAAUACUGUAGUUACAACUGUAAUUCGACCGCAACAUUAUCAACAUGAACAUCUCAGUACAAAUCUUAUAAAACUGUUGGGAAAUUAACGCUGACUUACAAAAAUAGUACUUUGAUCUACGUUUUACUGAAACAAUCAUUAUUGUACUAUCGCCGCGUAUCCUCUAGGAAAAUGAGUGGAAGCAACAACGGUUGACGUAUUGCUGCGUAUCACGGAACAUGCAUCAACACCACGCUGCUCACUUGGCUAGAACAUAAGCGACCAAUAACAGUAGCUAAUGAACAACACACUUGUAAAUUCCAUAUAUGGUAAUACAACUCAAUGCUAAUAGUAAAUGAACGUUAUAACAAGUGAAUGAUACUGGAAGAAUUAAUCUAAUUACGCCGAUAGCGAAAAUUGACAAUCGGAAAAUGAUAAUUAAUGAUAAACGAACAAUAUUAACAAGCUUAACAUCGGCAGUGAAUAAAUUCAAAUGAUUAACUUAUCUAAGAUCUACAUUAUCAGUUAAACAAAAGAAAUAGUGCAAUAGACACUACCACUUGAUUGUAUUAAUUUGACGCCAAGUAGAAGCAAGUAUCGUGCCCAUGCGCAUACAUACAUACACAGUCAAGUCAACGACCACGCGCAGAUGCGAGGUACCAAAUUAAUUCAAUCUAGUUUUAUGACUAUAUCUAUGAUAUGAAUCUCAUCAGCAGUGCGUAAAGAAAUAAAAACUUAUGAGGAAAUUAUUGCAGUCAAUUUUGUAUGUCAAUUAUCUAUAUUGUAUUUGAGACACAAAUAUAUCUUAAUGUAUUGGAAAAUAAGAUUAAAGUAAAGUCAAAGGGCACAGUUUUCCGCAACACUCCAUUAUAUGAAAGGUCACGAAGCAUUCGUUCCAUUCGACUUUAGUUGAUUUCUAAUCAUGCAGUGCUUCAAAAUAAUUAGAUCAAUGAGUAGAAAAUAAACUCCAUUAACUACAAAUAACUAUCAAUAUCAUUCCAGUUCGAUUUAGUUUACAUAACAAAAUGCAUCACAAAUAUAUUAUUUUAACCUAGUAUUUCAUGGAGUAGGGUAGGAUAUUAUUUAAAUUGUAACUAAUAAGAAUUUUACAGUAACCCUAGACAUUAAUUGUUAGUUUAGUACAAAAUAUUACAAGCCUUCUUAACAGCAAUGCCGAUAGAUAAAGGUUUCGUUAAAGGUAGGAUAGGAAUCCGUACAAGGCGUUAGUAUACAUAUAAAGGGGAAUAGGAACUACUAAAGCAAUACUAUUCAUUUUAAUCACCUAAUGUUGCUGGAUUUUUAUAUUUUAAGUAUUUAAUUAUUACUAUAUUGCUAUUUAGGAAAGGAGAAAAUUGCAGGAAAUACAAAAAUAUUAAUGAAACUAAAUAGUUACUUUUCUAAUAUUAUGGAACCACAUUACUUAUUACUUUAGAAUCAAGUUCAAAACCAACGCAUUACUCUAACUUACGCCCAUUAAACGUGGGCUCUCUAAAAUUAGGUACGACAAUAAUCACAAAGACGCAUCAUUUCUACCAUUAAAAUUACAUAUUUUAAAGAUUAUAAUAUAAUUAUUACUUUUUAUUUUUAUUAGAAUAUAUUAAAUAAGUUAAUGAUCAAGUAUAUCUUUUCUUUUUUACUUCUAAAUCCAGCCACAUUAAGCUACAUACACAUUACGUAGUUUAUAUUUAUAAAAAUCAAGUGCACAUUGGUACUAAACACUAUCCGUUACGAAGGUCGGCAGACAUUAGAAUCAGUGGCCUUAUAAGUACUUAAAUAAACAGUAUUAUUGCUCGUUGAAAUAGUGACAAAAGAAAAAAAAUAUUUUAACAAAAAUAUAUCUUAUUUGUCAGGUUUGGUUUUACGAUAUCAGUUACAAAUACCGAUAUGAUGAUUCAUUAAAAUUUCAAUGACUGCACCUUCAUAAUUAACAGAAGUAACAACUUCUAGGAAAUUAAUAAUUAAUCUUUUGGUGAUCACGGCUAAUUCCACCAGCUGUAUUUGCUUACAUUUAAAUUAUUCUAAGAUACAUAUAAAAAUUUCUUAGCAUUAAAUUCAUACUAUUUUGAAUGUAUCAAAUUAGUUUUUGUAUGUGCGUUAUCGGGUUGUAUAUUAGAUCAUUAUAGUAUUGUCUAGUUUUAGAAUCAGAUCAAUGCUUGGUUUUGACGCGGUCUCUGCAUUGUGACAUAAUAUUGUUAAUCAAAAACAACUUUAGAACACUUUAUUAUUGCUAUGAGACAUCGUCGCCACCUACGGAUGAUCCAAUCACAACUCGACGACGCAUUCAACAUAAUUAUAUCUCCUACAACAUAUCAAUACCUCUCCAUUCCAAUCCGGGAAUACAGUCUAUCACACAUACGCUUAUAUUUUCUAUAUAAGUCUGAAUGGACUUGUACAUUAAUAAGGAAAUGCAAGGAGAUCUAUAACAAGGGCUUCCUCGCCAUAAUUUUUCGUAAAUAUAUUCUCAUAACGUUUCAAAUUGGACGUUAAUUAUAUUCGAAGUCACCGGUUCAUGCCCACUAUGAUUAAUUGAAAAUUUUAUUUGAGAAUCAAGUAAUAAAUCAUAGUUUUUGGUAACCAAUAAAUGAAAGCAAAUAU